AUGAUUAUUAAGGUGAAAACAUUGACAGGGAAGGAGAUUCCAGUGGAAGUGAGUGGAGAGGACAAAGUGUACCACAUAAAAGAGCUAUUGGAAGAGAAAGAAGGUAUUCCGGCAUCCCAGCAGAGACUGAUAUUCCACGGGAAACAAAUAAAUAAUGACGAUACGAUAUCCACCGCUAAGUUAUCAGAUGGCAUGCAACUGCAUCUGGUGUUGACACUGAGAGGCGGAAACUGA